AUGAAGAUUACAUUAAUCUUAAUUUCUGUAUAUGCUAUCAUUAUUCUUAACCUAACAUCAACUAUUAACUCAUUUGCAUUUGGACAAUCAACAAAUACCAAUAAUAAUGGUAGAUUAUUUGCAUUAUCUGAAGAUGGUAGUGAGUAUUUAAAGAAAAUUAAAAGAAGUCCUAGACUUUUUGCAACUAAUCUUAAUGAUUUUGCUGUUAUUGAUUUUAAGUAUCACCCAAAAUUUGCUAAACAUCAUGGUACAAUUAAUGAAAAUGCCUAUACAAAAAAAUUUGCAUUUGCCAAAAGAUCAAAUCUUGAGAAUGAUGCUUUUGCUUUAGAUUAUGAUGAUGUUUAUAAUGGUAUGGGUAUUGAUAAAUUUGCUUACCAUCCAUUUGCUAAAAGAAAACCAUUUGCUAAAAGAGAAGUAAAAGGAUUUGCCUUUGCUUAA